AUGGAUGAUGCAGCCCAUGCUCAUCCUCGUUCACCGGCCGCUACCCUCGUACGUCCUCGGUCCACCACCGCUCUCGGCCUGUAUGAGCAACAAACAAAUCAUACAAGCCCUCUUUCGGUUCCUCACAAUCGCCAGCAACGCCUGUUGAACACUCGACAUGCAAGAUUUUCCGCUCAGACAUUGUCGAUGAACGGUAUCUCCAUACCCUUCCCUCGCCUUGGAAAGCCCACCGAGAUCGAAAACCCCUACUACACGACGCCUCGAAUGGCCAAGCGCCAGGAUGCCGCAGAGGCCGCAGAGCGAUCGCAGGAUAUGAGCAGCGUGUCACCAAGAUCCUCUAUUCUAAACGAGAUCACGAAUUCGUCCGGUUACCGUGAACGAAGUGCCCAGAGAAGAGCCCCAAUCCCCGUCUUCCAAGAUAACCCGAGUACGAAUAGCGUCGACAGUGGAAAGCAGCAUACGCCUUCCAUAUACCAGGACCCACCAAGUGAAUUUCAGACACCUUCAGUGACUGGAUCUCGGUCAACCCCAGAGUCUACCGCCAUGGGCCUUAGAGAGGUCUCGGUCAAUCUCCACAGGACAUCGCCUCGUAAGGAUUCCCCGUCCUUUCGCUCCAUUCGGAGUGGCUCUCAUCGCCGAAGCUCUCAUGCCAAACCUCGAUUCAACUCGGAGGAGUACAUCGAUCACAUUGAAAACGAGUUGCAGAUGGUCAAGGACGCCAUGUAUUCUCCCACGACCAAUACCUCGUGGAAGGAAAAGUUGAAAAAGGCCAAAGAUGAGAACGAGCGGCUCAAAAAGGAGAUGGACGUCAUGAGGACAUCAUUUGAACUUGAGUUACAAGACACCGUGGAGAGGGCAGCAGCGACUGAACUGCAAUUGAAGAGAAAGAUUAAGGAUCUCGAGGAUGAGGUGGCGCUUAAGCAAGCCCUCAUUCAAGACCUGGAAAUUGACAGGGAGGAGAAGAGGGCCGAUCAGACCACUUUCGAAGUUCUCAGAGCGAGACUUGACAGGGUGGAAGAAGAGAAAGCAAGUCUAGCAGCCACCAACCUUGACAUGAUGAAGCGGAAUGAAGUCUUGACUCAAUUACUGGCACUCUCACCUACGAAGGCACAGCACCACUUCGAACUUCCCACUCCUCGCAGACGAAGUGCACGACCCAUGUCGAUGAUCAUCCCUCGGGCACCAUCCUCUCCUCCGGCACGAACACCAAUGAGUAGGCCACAAUCAGUUGUCAUCUCGCCCGCUCUUCCAAUUGCCGACUACUUCCCUUUCAAUGCUGGGUCCUCACCAGAUGCUGCAUCUGCUUUUGGCACCACUGGAGCCUCUCCCAAAGUCCCCGAUGAUACGGGCUCGGUUCGAUCCGAAUCUAGCACUUCCUGCCCCCGGCUCACGAAUUCGCACUCUCGACACAUGACCAACGUCUCUCAAGUCUCGAGCAGCUCAGAAUCGACACCUCAUUCGGACGUCAGACCAUCGCUACCGGUACGCCAACCUUCGAAACGAAGACCAAGGAGGUUUAUGCCCGGCUCUACUCAACUGAAGCCUCUGCUCUUAUCCACUUUCACUGCUGACAAUGGGAAUAUGCCUUCGACAUCGCCAAUGACUUCUCCCAAGAGGAUGUUACCCUCGUCGUUGCCGUGCGGGCCGUCCGAUGUACCGCGGAAACAUCAUGCCACGGACUCCCGUAGCACGACUGGAGACUUCAUAGGAACCAGCUCUCCAAUCAGCCCCAUUAGUGAAACUGUUGGUCAACCGGGGCCUUCAUUUCAGAGUUUGGACGAGGUUUUUGACGAGCAUGAAGAGCGUUCCCGCUCCGAGGCUAUAAAUGAGGCUCUUGCUAAACUCACUCAAGGCUCUGAUGGGGCAGAAUACAACACGCCAGUAAAGACCAGCGACAUCGAGAUGACUGUUAAGGUCCCAGCCUCCGGCACCUCCAAGUCAUGUCCGCGGGUUGACUCUUGGCUGCUGCGAACCUCUAUCUCAACCUCCGAAGGUGAAGAUUCUGCAUACGAGGCUGAUGUUGAUGGCGGAGAUAACCCCAUGACAAGUGUCCUCGCAGGGGAUUCAGAUCGUCCGAACAUUGCUGCACGGAGACAUUUGGGACACGAUGUUGACAUUCCACGUCCCUUGUUUUCGACGCAGUAUGACAUGCCACUUGGGCCAACACACUCUCCAUCAUACUACGACGAGUCACCAUUAAACCCUCGGCAACGUCACAAAUCCAUCUUGGGCAACAAGGACAGGAUCUCAGGGAGCUUCAAGGCUCGUGAGAAGGCUUUGAAGAGAGCCAGCAUGCCUGAGAGAACGAAACAGUCUCUAACCACAGACCCCAUUAUUAUCGAGCGGGAAGUCAUUGACAACACAGAUCGGGAACGGCACUUGCCAAAGCGAGUUCGCAACACCGCGCGUCCACGACACCCACUCGAGCUUCUCAAGCAGCGAAAUAUAGGCUCGCGGACGUUGGCGGCCAUGACCAUCCGCACUGUAUAUGCGACAUUGACGAGGUACACCUCUUACAUCCGGAGCUUCAGAAAAGAUCCACUUGCACUUGCUCGUCGUGUUAUUGCAAAUGCAUGGCGAGUCAACUGGGGGACUUUUGGAAAACUCAGUUGGUGGGUUCUUGGAUUGUUCCUUGGGCAUCGUAGUAUUGGCUAUGAAGAGUCCGAAUGGGAUUGGGAACAAUAUGAUGGUGAGAGCAUAGCCAUAAAGCAUUGUGAGAAUACUGCUGUGACAGUCGACACGGAUGCAAAGCCAGACGAACUUGUAGCCUCCUCCGACACGCCAAAUGGUACUGCCUGUGGUAAUGAUCCGACUUGUGAAGCCAAUGAGUCUCUGGCCAAAUCAACAGGCUCUGGUUGGGGUCAAUCAUUGUAUCUUUGGGGCAAAUUCAGUGUCGCCAUCAUGCUCGCUGUUGGUGGAGCCAUCGUCAAAGGGCCCGCAGAAAUGUUGCGCGAGACGGAAGAUCAAAAGCGAUCGCGGCAACGUGGUACGGAAGACGAUGAUCAAUCACAACGACCAGGUACGCAACAGUCGGAAGAGGAGACAAUCGGUCAGUCGUCAGGGCAAGAUGAUCAGGCUCAAACUCGUGCGUUUGCAUCUGGACUUGAACCGCGACCACCCGAACAUAACAUUCGCCGACGUCGAAGUCAUAGCUCACCUACCCCUGCGGCAAGAGACUUCCGCCAUGAGCCUUCGUGCACCGAGAGCUGUGGCGUGAGUGGUCUCACCCAGCCACUUGAGCUAGAUACGGUCGAUCAGCCCUCGGCCCUGGACCAUUGUCAAUACCUUCACGACGAAACACCACAACCAUCAAGAAACAAUCGUUUGACGGUGUUUCUGGAUGCCGUGAUGGAGCAGGACAACAGUGAUGAUAUGCAGAUACUACAACUGGCCGAUCCAGGUUGA